AUGUCUAAGAAAGAAGCUAAGAAACAACCAAAACAACAGGAAGAAUCUAAAUCUAAAAUCAAUUUUGAAGAACUCAUUAUGAAUAAUCUAUCAGGAUUUAAAAUGGUUUAAGAUAAUAGUGGAUAUCAUUUCACUAUCUUGAAUUUAAAUCAAAAAAAUGUAGAUGUUUUGACUCAAACCUUUGGAAAUUAUAAAUAUAUUGAAUCAAUAGAUCUAAGUGGCAAUAAUAUUACUGAAAUUGUGCAACGUAUUCUUUUUACUAUCUAGUUUCAUAACUGCCGUUCUUGAUUAGAUUAAAUGUUGAAGGUAACAAUAUUAAGGAUUUGAAAUCACUUGCUAAUGAAGAAGCAUUCAAAUCUCUUAAAUAUCUUAAUGCUGCUUCAAAUAAACUAGUUGAAUUAGGUCCUAUCAAAGUUCCAUUAAUAUAACUUAAUCUUAAUGAUAAUAAGAUUGAAAAAAUGGAUACCUUUGAUGGUAAUCCUAAAUUAAGGUAAUUUUUCUUGAAGAGAAAUAAAAUUGCUGCCUUAACUUAAUUUUAAAAUUUACCUGAGUUGAAAGAACUUAAAUUAAGCGAAAAUAAAAUCAAGGCUAUUCAAGGCGUUGAAUUAUUGACUUCUAUUCAAAUUUUAUAAUUAAGAAAAAACUUGGUAUUAAUAUAUGACUAAUAUAGAUUGAAGGAUUUGAUGAAACAUUCCCAGUUUUGGAAAACAUUGUUCAUUUUGAUAUUAGAGAAAACAAAAUAGAUAAAUUUGAUGAAAUAAGCAAAUUGCAAACUUUACCGAAUUUAAAAAGGCUUCUAUACAAAGGUAACCCUUUUGAAUCAAAAAGUCCAAAUUAUCUAUUGGAUACAAUUAAUUAAAUGGUUAGAUUAGAGAAAAUAAAUAAUAUCUUUGUGACAAAGUAGCUAAAAGAAAAAGCAUUUUCAUUUGCAAAAGACAAAUAUGACAGAGAGGUAGAGUAAAAGAGACUUUAAGAAGAAGAAGAGAGAGCAAAAGAAGCAGCCCUUGCAGCAUAAUAGGAAUAAUGAUAUUGUAUAAAUUUAAAUUAUAA